AUGCGCAUGAGGUUCACUGUGCUUCCAAAAGAUGACUACAUGCUUCAAUUACACUUUGAGCAAGCGCAUACUGAGGAUUCUCCUUUCAUGAUCGAAGACGACCCUGAACCGUUACCACCAACCUUGGUCCCUAGACCUUCCUCAACUCAGCACGACACCGAGGACACGCCUUCCUUUGACGACUUCGAAGAAGAGGAAAGCGCUGUAAAGUGCCCUGAUCCUGACUGCGGCGAACUCGUUCCUCUCUCUGACUUCAACGACCAUAUCGAAUACCACAACGCAGAAACUUUAUCAUUUGACGAGACUACAGGGAAGUAUCAUUCUCGGCGUUCAUCCGCUACUAUGCAAAGCUCGACCUCCUCUCGUCGUUCACAUGCGAGCCGAGCAAAGACAACAACAUCUGAGCGAAGUUUCAGCACAGAAUUAUCAGAUACGUUGAAGACCGAGGCUCAUAGCCGCAAAUCCAAGAGGCACACCCAUCGUCAGAGGCGUGAUACCAAUGAUAGCGAGAAGAGCACUAUUGGAAGGAGCAUCCUAGGCUUCAACCCCUUUGCGAAAGCUGACCGAACCAUCAAGCCACCAAUCAAAAGUGCCCGCUUGGGGAAAUCCGAGCUCGGACCCUAUGCCUGGGAGAACCGAAUGCCUAGGUGGCUGCACGACCAGCUUGAGGCGGGUCCGAAGAUCACUGCGGUUAACCGUAUUGGCCGAGAUGGCCGUCUCAUCAAGUAUGACCAGGUGCAAAACGAGACGCCAGGCAUUAUACCCAUCCUUGCUCAACUAUCCGCUCUCGAUCGUUCCGUCAAACAAGCUUACUACUGUCACCCGUCGACACUCCAUGUUGGCAAAACGCCCCAUGAAGGUGGCUUUUGUGGCUAUCGGAAUAUACAAAUGUUGCUAUCCUACAUUCAAGGCGCAAAGGCUCAGGGCUACGAAGAGUUUCCUGGGCGGCUCCCAACAGUUCUGAAAAUGCAAGACCAUAUUGAAGGCGCUUGGGACAAAGGAAUCAAUGAGAUUGGCCGUGUUCAAACUGGCGGUAUACGUGAUACUAGAAAGUAUAUCGGCACACCUGAGGCUCAAGCUUUCUUUUUGAACUCCGAGAUUAAUUGCGCUGUCGAGCAGUUCAGCGACAACAAAGACCGCGACGUUGCAGCCCACGAACUACUUCUCGCCGCCAUGGAGCGAUACUUUGCCCGAGCAGCCGCCAGCGAUGGGUCUAACGUUAACAAAACUCUUCUACCCCCCAUCUAUCUUCAACAACCAGGUCACUCUAUCAGCGUCAUCGGUUUUGAGCGUCACUUGAACGGCUCAUGCAACCUGGUAGUCUACGAUCCCAUGUAUCACACGAGCCCUGCUAUGCAUAAGCUGCUUGGCCGAAAGAAUAUCAGGACAGCUCGACCUGAAGUCUUGCAUGCAUAUCGUCGUGGCGUUGGAAAGCUCAGGAAAUACGCUGCUUAUGAGAUCUUGAUGCUUACAGCGACACCGCCUUUGUUUCCUGCUUGGGAUGUGCUUCGUCAGUUCCCCGACUGUCGCUUCGUGUACGCCUUCUUCCGUGCUCGUACCCUCGGAUACGAUGUCUACCCAGAAGAUCACUUCCUUCAAAAUUUCCCGUGGCAGUUGUAUGGCGGACUCUGGUCGUGUGAUGAUGCUCGCUUUGCCAGAGCGGAGCCGAUGAACGCUCUCACGGCUUUGGCUUUACGUCGAAUCACGAGCGAAGGGUCCUCCAGCUGCAGUAAUAACAACAGUCCUACAAGUCCUACGAAUUUCUUCACAAACAGCAGCUUCCAGCACACGCCAACGAACGAAGAUGACCGGCUUCCUUCUUGGGUGGGUUCACUUGAUGGAUCUGCGAAUGGCUUUGUGAGCCGAUCGCAGUACGCUAGUAGCCGCCCUGUCUACGAUAUGGGUGCUUUGAGCGCUGCGUUGCCUCAGCCCAGUCCUAUGAGACCACACCUAUCACUUCUGACAGACGUCGGAAGGAAAUAUCCGGGCUUUCCUACACCAUUAUCUCCUACUUUGACGGCAAGAGAAACCUACCCUUCACCCGCAUCCGAUGCCGGAAGCGGGGUUGCAACACCUCGCGCUCUGAGCUCCGCAGUGCGUACGGUGAGCCCGAUGAGUACCAACAGCUCGAACAUAUGCGGGCCUUUUCGCCGUUACGACUUAGACGGAUACGGCCAAUGCUCACCACAAAUGGGUCUCAUUGAUGAGGUUCUCACGAAACCGGAAACACGCAAUGGCUGCCGCACUCCAUCAGCAUCGUCGCAGGGUAUUGAAGGUCUUGCAACUCCUCCAACAAGUCCAUCAAGAUGUGUAUCCCCACGUACCGUCAUGCUGAAGAAGAUGGCUGCAAAGCAAGGUCUCCCGGAGCUGUCGCCCAAUUCCAUGCGCAGUUCAGGUUCUAGACUUCAGUCUCACACCAGCACUCGCAUUCCCGGCGCAUACCCUGCCUCUCCGCCUUCAUCUAUCCGGUAUUCCCAAUCAGCGCCGUACUGUCAAACAGCGUGUCCGUCUUUCCCUAUCGCCAACGGAGUGGAAUCUGAAGCGACGUCACCCAUUGAUCCUUGUGGUACCAUGCUCUUCUACACGUCCAACCGCAGUAUCGACUCGGGCCUUCUGGGCGUCCACCCUCUCUCUGAGCCUCAAGUCGCCGAGUACCGAUUCUGGCGUCCUUGUGGCCGGCGCAUCUGCGGAUUUGGGUGUGGCGGCGUGAAUGUAGGAGAGACUGCCGCUGCAAGGAGGCUGUUCAAAGAAGUCGAGGAAGUCAGUCCUGUGGUCGAGCAGGAAAUAAAAGAUGAAGGAGAGCUAGAGAGAGACGUGGACUAUGAAUACGGUCUUGACGGCGCGAGCGAUGGUGGCUAUGGCAAUGAGGGGGGCGAGUUUAGCACGAGUACCUGGGCUGGCCGCCGGCUAGUCAUGAAUUGGAAUCAGUUCUUGUCGGGUUGUGAGAGGGAAGGCGUCGCGCAGUUCUAA